AGACUGUUAUGUUUUAAGGACAGUGGAACCACUGGAAUAUUACAGAAGGUUUUUGAAGGAGAACUGUCGACCCGAUGGAAGAGAGCUAGGUGAAUUCCGGGCAACUACUGUCAACAUAGGUUCAAUUACAACUGCAGAUGGUUCUGCCCUGGUGAAAUUAGGAAAUACUACAGUAAUUUGUGGAGUUAAAGCGGAACUUGCAGCACCUCCAGCAGAUUCUCCUAACAAGGGGUAUAUUGUUCCCAAUGUAGAACUGCCAUCCCUCUGUUCAGCAAAGUUUCGCUCUGGGCCUCCCAGUGAAGAGGCUCAAGCAGCAAGCCAGUUCAUUGCAGAUGUGAUUGAAAAUUCACAGAUGAUAGAGAAAGAAGAUCUGUGYAUUGCAAAUGGCAAGCUUGCUUGGGUGCUAUACUGUGAUAUCAUAUGUYUGGACUAUGAUGGAAACAUUUUGGAUGCCAGUACCUUUGCCUUGCUGGCAGCAUUAAAAAAUGUACAGUUGCCAACAGUUACUAUAAAUGAAGAAACUGGUUUAUCAGACGUUAAUUUAAAACAGAAGAAUCCUUUGAUCAUCAGAAAGCAUCCGGUUGCCACGUCAUUUGCUAUAUUCGAUGACACGUUACUGAUUGUUGAUCCAACUGUAGAAGAGGAAGAUUUAGCAACUGGAACAGUAACUGUUGUAACUGAUGAAGAAGGCAGACUGUGUUCAGUCCAUAAGCCAGGUGGAAGCCCUCUGACAGGAGCCAAGCUUCAGGACUGUAUCACCAGAGCUGUUACAAGACAUAAAGAAGUAAAGAAGCUGAUUGACAAAGUGAUAAAAAGCAUACAACCCGAAUGAACAAAGGCAAGAGCUUUUCAAAAAUGGAUUUGUAAAAAUUGUAUUUGUUACASUGUCCACAAACCUUUUAUACUAAAUAAACAAAUACCAAUACUACAUUUACAAAGUUCAU